AAGAGAUUGGGGGCGAUGGCGGAUCAGACGAUGAGGGGCGCGGAAUUGGAGAAGAAGGCGGAGAAGAAGCUCAGUGGAUGGGGUCUCUUCGGAUCCAAGUACGAGGACGCCGCCGAUUUGUACGAAAAGGCCGCGAAUUGCUUCAAGCUCGCCAAGAACUGGGAUCGAGCUGGAGCAGUAUACAUCAAACUUGCUAGCUGUCAUUUAAAGUUGGAAAGCAAGCAUGAAGCUGCUUCAGCUUAUGUCGAUGCAGCAAACUGUUACAAGAAAAUCUCAGUUCCAGAUGCUGCACAGUCCUUAAACCAGGCUGUGAAUCUUUUCUUGGAGAUAGGCAGAUUGAACAUGGCAGCAAGAUACUGCAAGGAACUUGGUGAGUUGUAUGAACAAGAACAGGAUCUCGGGAAGGCCAUUGAUUACUUGGAGCGGGCUGUUGAUCUUUUUCAAAGUGAAGAAGUGACAACUUCUGCCAACCAGUGCAAGCAAAAAGUUGCACAAUUUGCUGCUCAGCUGGAACAAUACCCUAAGGCAAUUGAAAUAUUUGAAGCAAUAGCACGACAUUCAAUGUACAUUCCUAAUACCUCGGCCCUUUGA